AUGGAGAAUCGGAGCCUGGGGGCCUGCGGAGAUGACCCCUCCGUCGCCUUGAGUGAACACCGAGUCUCAGAGUGGCCAUGUGACCUUCGUGAAGGAGAUGUUGCUGUGGGUCCAGAAAGAGUGACAAAUGAAGAAGAAAAAGAAGUGAAAAACAGCAACAGGUGUAAUUCCCUGCUCCCUCUUAGCCCCCCACGCCGAAAAGCUUUUAAGAAGUGGACCCCUCCUCGGUCACCUUUUAAUCUUGUUCAGGAAACCCUUUUUCAUGAUCCAUGGAAGCUCCUCAUCGCUACUAUAUUUUUUAAUCGGACCUCAGGCAAAAUGGCAAUACCUGUGCUUUGGGAGUUUUUGGAGAAGUACCCUUCAGCUGAAGUAGCAAGAAGUGCAGACUGGAGAGAUGUGUCAGAACUGCUUAAGCCUCUUGGUCUCUAUGAUCUUCGCGCAAAGACCAUUGUCAAGUUCUCAGAUGAGUAUCUGACAAAGCAGUGGAAGUAUCCAAUUGAACUUCAUGGGAUUGGGAAAUACGGCAAUGACUCUUACCGGAUUUUUUACGUUGAUGAGUGGAAACAGGUGCACCCUGAAGACCAUAAAUUAAAUAAAUACCAUGACUGGCUUUGGGAAAAUCAUGAAAAACUAAGUCUAUCUUAA